AUACAGUAUGGUGUAUUGUGGUUUUCGAACACUUUAAGUUUGAGUAAUAAUAAAGUAUCUACGUAUAAUACUUGAAUCAUGUCAACCUUAAACACAUCAACUGAUGGAACUAUUUACACUGUAUCAACUCUCUCCUCGAAUGCCGCUGUGAGUAACGUGGUCCCAGCUUACUUACUGUUCGUCUUUGGAGUUGGUGGGAAUAUCUUUGCGCUGGUAGUGUUAUUGCUGACAGCCAAAACACACAAUUGGAGGCCAUUUUACAGAUUUGUCUGUGGACUGGCGAUCACCGAUGGCGGUGGUAUGCUCCUCUCUGUCCCCGUGUCCCUGUCUAUAUACAACUCGGACUUGAAAAAGGAAUUGCCGCCAGCUUUGUGUGAUUAUCAAAUGUUCAUGUACAUGUUUACACUCAUGUCGUCGGCCAUGAUCGUCUGUGGAAUGUCCUUUGAUCGAUUCCUCGCGACAUUCUACCCUUUUCUUUACAACAAACCACACAAAGAAAUUCGAACCAACAUUGUACUGGCAGUGAUAUGGGGGCUUUCGGCACUCAUCAGCAGUUUACCUUUGUUUGGACUUGGUUCAAGCCGAAAAUUUUAUCCUGGGACAUGGUGUUUUCUAAACUUUAUUGAAACAACAAUAGAAUUGAACAGAAUUGACGCCAUCAUUUAUGCCUCUAUAGGUGUAAUAAUCGUCCUGGCAACGUGGGCCUUCAAUAUUGCUGUUAUUGGCUACUUUAUCUACAAGAGAUAUGCAGGGGAGACCACGUGGAGCGGGUGGAAGGACGUGCAUGUCAUCAUUUUUCUUCUGAUAGUAGUGGCUCUAUUCACUUCCUGUUGGUUCCCGUUAAUGGUAAACAUUCUGCAGCAUGCCAACUUUGCACUUCCGGAGACGGCGGGUAAGACGGAGCUCCUGUUAACCAGACUGAGCAUCACUAACUCCGUGGUGGACCCCUGGAUAUACAUCCUCCUCAGAAGGGAGAUCUACUCCUCCCUAAUGGCGUGUGUCAGACGCGUGUAUCACAGGAGAAGAGCAAGUCACACGACUCGGGCUCAGAGUUCUGGGGACAAGUCAGAAAAUAUGACUAUAGAAACAAAAUAAUCAUUUUUAAGAAAGGGGAAACGAGACGUUCGGAGGGCCUCUGGAACUCACAUGUAUGAGCAUUUUAUUGCACAAAUACCUUGCUGAACAAAUGACAAUAUGCAAUGAAAAACAAAAUCUGAAUAAAGUUGGCUGAAAUAUU